UAGUUAAACAAAUUUAGUCGACAAAGGCGGUUGAUUUUAAUUAACCAAAUAGUUUAUAUUCAUCUAAAAUCGUCUGAACUAAAAACGGGAACAACAUGUGCAAGUGUCUGGUCGGAAACGUUGCCUGCUGCUGCUGCAGUUGUGCAAUUAGUGUGCUUGUUUCAAUCAUCAGUGGAUUGCUGGUGGUCGGCAUUGUGGUCGGAUUGGCCGUCUACUUUCUUGUCUACUACGAACCGGAGGAUGAGGUUACCAAGUUCACCAAUAAAUUAGCCGAAAGUGUACAGUCGGGAUAUGGCAAAAUUAAGGAUGUCAUAAGCAAAUUAAAUUGAGCAUGGUAAAAAGAUAACAAAUUGAACUAGAAGAUUCAUAGGCAUUCAAUAAACUAGAAUUUCAGAUUAGUACACAGCGAAAAAUGUUCCACGCUUUGCAUAAUUCCAUUCAUCCAAAUUAAUUGCCACCAAUUUACAGAAACGAACACCGCUGGAGCCUUUUAGAAGAGGAUAAUUGUUAAACUGUUUAAUUAUCAGUACAAAUAAAUAUUACAACACCUUCUAAAUAAUAUUGUGAAUCUCCAUCUAAUGCAAAAGAUGUUUUAACGCAAAAGAUUUUAUAAAUAAAUAUUUAUGAUGUUCAG